AGGACACGCACGACUGCAAAACUGUGUCAAUACUGAAAUGUGUGACCUAAUGCCAGCUUCGCAACCUGUCGAAAAAAUCGGCAAAAUGAAAAAGUUAAGAAGAACUUUGUCUGAGAGUUUCAGUCGAAUCGCUUUCAAGAAAGAGGACAGUGGCUUUGAUGAGAUAUGUGUCACAAAGAUGUCCACACGAAGCUCCCAGGGAUCAGACUCGGUCAUUAAACCCCUGGACACCAUCCCUGAGGACAAGAAAGUGCGAGUGCAGCGAACGCAGAGCGGUUUCGACCCGUUCGAGAAGCCGGCCAGCCAAGUGAAACGAGUCCACUCAGAAAACAAUGCCUGCAUCAACUCCAAAAGCUCCUCUGCCGCAAAAGAGUCUCCCAAACUCCGCCGCCAUUCCAGUCCCAGUUCUCCCACAAGCCCUAAGUUUGGAAAAGCCGACUCAUAUGAGAAGCUGGAGAAACUGGGAGAGGGUUCAUAUGCCACGGUCUACAAAGGGAAGAGCAAGGUGAACGGAAAGUUGGUGGCUCUGAAGGUAAUUCGACUCCAAGAAGAGGAGGGAACCCCGUUUACUGCCAUCCGGGAGGCUUCGCUCCUCAAAGGCUUGAAACAUGCAAACAUAGUGCUGUUACACGACAUCAUUCAUACCAAGGAAACUCUGACACUGGUCUUUGAGUAUGUGCACACAGACCUAUGCCAGUACAUGGACAAACAUCCAGGCGGCCUGCACCCAGACAACGUCAGGUUAUUCCUGUUCCAGCUGUUACGAGGUCUGUCCUAUAUACAUCAGAGGUACAUCCUUCAUCGGGAUCUCAAACCUCAGAACCUUCUCAUCAGUGACACAGGGGAGCUCAAACUCGCUGACUUCGGUCUGGCGCGGGCCAAGUCUGUCCCCAGUCACACAUACUCUAAUGAGGUAGUGACUCUCUGGUACCGUCCUCCAGACGUGCUGCUGGGCUCCACCGACUACUCCACCUGUCUGGACAUGUGGGGUGUCGGAUGUAUCUUUGUGGAGAUGAUCCAGGGCGUAGCGGCGUUCCCCGGAAUGAAGGACAUUCAGGAUCAGCUGGAGAGGAUAUUCCUGGUCCUUGGUACGCCCUCAGAGGAGACUUGGCCAGGUGUCCACUCUCUCCCUCACUUUAAGCCAGAACGAUUUACUGUCUACAGCCCCAAGAAACUAAGGCAAGCAUGGAAUAAGCUGGGCUACGUGGACUACGCUGAAGAGCUGGCCUCCCGAUUCCUCCAGUGCUUCCCAAAGAACCGGCUCUCUGCCCAGGCCGCCCUCAACCAUGAAUACUUCAGUCAGCUUCCUCCACGGCUCUGGGAACUGCCUGACAUGUCUUCUAUCUUCACAGUACCAAAUGUAAAACUACAUGCUGAAACAGGAGACAGCAUCCAAGUGUGUAGCAAGACAAACAGCCAUGGAAAAGGGACCUCGAAUAGCAAGCACUGACCCUGUAGGACUUUACCCACCGUUAAAGAACCAGGGGGCAGCUGUCAUCUGUCAGGAGAGGAUGGAGAAAAAGAUGAGGACAGAGAUGGAGUGAGAUGAAGACAU